AUGUUCAGCAAGACGAAGUUCGGCGUUCCGCAAUUCUAUCCCCGCGACCUGAAGAAGCGAGUCGACCAAUAUGUGGUGGGCCAGGACCGAGCCAAGAAGACAAUUUGUUCGACGUUAUUCAACCACUACCAAAACCUGCGUCGGAGGCAUCAGCACGAGCACGAGGAGCGAAACAAGCAAGAGAGGUUUACGCGACAAAGAUUUGCCCGUGACCGGGAGCUGCACCAGAGGCGCCGCGACACACACCCCGUCGAAGAUGAAUUCCCGGGCCAUGAAGAAUCCGUGCGGUCGCUUUACGAUAUUGACGAUUUCGAAGAUGAUUCUCUUGACUGCCUGUAUGCUCCAGAGGACAUGUCAAAGCCAGCCCACGUCAAGGUGGACAAGAGCAACCUCUUGCUGAUCGGGCCCACGGGUGUGGGCAAAACCUAUAUUCUCGAGACGUUAAGCAAAAAAAUCCAAGUCCCGUUUUCGAUUUGCGACUGCAACUCUCUGACUCAAGCUGGGUACAUCGGACAAGACGUGGAAACAUGCAUUGAGCGUCUACUGAUAGAGGCGAACUACGAUAUCAAGGCGGCAGAGCGCGGCAUUGUUGUCCUGGACGAGUUCGACAAACUGGCUCGGAGAGAGUCUCCCACCGGCCGAGAUGUCGGCGGCGAGGGCGUGCAGCAAGCACUGUUGAAGAUGGUUGAAGGGACCAAGGUCACUGUCAACGUCAAGGACACACGGUCAUCACGGUCGACGCCGCCAAUCACGACCAACUUCGGCUCUUCCGGGCCCUCGUCGUCCUCACCUCAGCCCGCACCCCCGGGAGGCAAGGUGGAUCAGUACACCAUCGAUACAACAAACAUCCUCUUUAUCUUUUGCGGCGCCUUUGUUGGCCUUGAUAAGGCUGUCGUGCAGCGCGUGGCGAAGCCUUCACUUGGGUUUGGAGGAGAGGUCAAAGGACGGUCGACGCUAUCCGGCAGCAAACACGUUCUUCCCCCAGACGCCUACGCUCAUCUCGCCCACUUCGACUCGACGCCAGCUUCCUCGUUUACUCCCCUGGAUCUGACAACGCCCGCCGAUCUCCAGAGCUUCGGGUUCAUACCGGAACUCAUCGGCCGACUGCACAACAUCUGCGCCCUCAGCCCUCUUUCCAAGGAUGACCUGCUGCGCAUACUGACAGAACCACGCAAUAGUCUCGUUGCACAAUACACGGCUUUGUUUGAGACGUAUCCAUCUCGGCUCUACAUUACCGAAAAGGCCCUGUACGCCAUUGCUGAUCGUGCCGCCGCUUCGGAGACGGGGGCACGAGGGCUGAAGAUGGAAAUGGAGCGUGUCUUGGCCGAGCCCAUGUUCGACGCCCCGACGCCGUAUGUUCUCAUUACGGAAGGCUGCGUGAAGGGCACGGAAAAGGCGCCAUACUGGGGCAAAGACGGGCGGUUCGAGCUGGACCGACGGUUGGAGGAAGAGGAGGUGAGAGGUCCAAGAUCGAGCUCGACACCACACACCACUUUUGAGCGGCUGAGGGAGGCCGGGCAGAGUGGCGGAUGA